AUACCACCACUUGGAAAUAUAUGGAUCAACCUCUUUUCAGGGAUGCUGCGAUUCAGCCUAAUACUUGGGAGACAGCUUCCCAGAGAACAGAAAAUGUUUCUGAAUCGUCUCAUCAAGGCUACAUGUCUGAUGUCCAGCCAAAGAAUUCUUACCUCAGUAGUCCAAAGCCACCCAAUGUAGCGACAACAGAAAAGUGCUUUAUGCAGAUCACAGGCAUGACCUGCGCAUCAUGUGUGUCAAACAUUGAAAGAAAUCUGCAAAAAGAAGACGGAAUCGUUUCAGUGCUAGUAGCACUGAUGGCAGGAAAAGCGGAGAUAAAAUACAAGCCAGAGAGCAUUCAGCCUCUUGAAAUAGCACAGCUGAUCCAAAACUUGGGCUUCAAUGCUACAGUCAUAGAAGAUCAUACUGCUACAGAUGGCAAUGCAGAGCUUAUUAUUACGGGGAUGACUUGUGCUUCCUGUGUUCACAAUAUUGAAUCCAAACUAACCAGAACUAAUGGCAUCUUCUAUGCCUCGGUAGCGCUUGCUACCAGCAAAGCUCACAUCCAGUUUGAUCCUGAAAUCAUUGGACCUCGAGAUAUUAUACAAAUUAUUGAGGGAAUUGGUUUUCAUGCUUCCUUGGCCAAGAGAGACCCUAAUGCUCAUAACUUGGAUCACAAAAAGGAAAUAAAACAAUGGAGGAAAUCUUUCUUGUGCAGCCUAGUGUUUGGAAUCCCCGUCUUAAUCUUAAUGAUUUAUAUGCUAAUACCUGAUGGCCAACAGCACGGCACUAUGGUGCUGGAACAAAAUCUAAUUCCUGGAUUAUCUAUUUUAAAUCUUCUCUUCUUUGUUUUGUGCACUUUGGUUCAGUUCCUCGGUGGAUGGUACUUUUAUGUCCAAGCCUACAAAUCACUGAAGCACAAAACAGCCAAUAUGGAUGUACUGAUUGUGCUGGCCACAACUAUUGCUUAUAUAUACUCUUGUGUGAUCUUGGUGGUGGCUAUAGCCGAAAAGGCAGAGGAAAGCCCCGUCACAUUCUUUGACACACCACCCAUGUUAUUCGUAUUCAUUUCUCUUGGGAGAUGGUUGGAACACAUAGCAAAGAGUAAAACAUCAGAAGCACUUGCUAAACUAAUGUCUCUCCAAGCUACUGAAGCUACCAUAGUGACUCUUGGACCUGACCACUCCGUCAUCAGGGAGGAGCAGGUGGCUGUUGAACUGGUUCAGCGGGGUGACAUUGUAAAAGUUGUCCCUGGUGGGAAGUUCCCAGUUGAUGGAAAAGUCAUUGAAGGCAGCUCUAUGGCAGAUGAAUCUCUCAUUACUGGGGAAGCCAUGCCAGUCACUAAAAAACCUGGGAGCACAGUGAUUGCAGGUUCUAUAAAUGCGCAUGGCUCAGUUCUUGUUAAUGCAACUCACGUUGGGUCUGACACCACCCUGGCACAAAUUGUGAAAUUGGUAGAAGAAGCUCAGAUGUCAAAGGCACCCAUCCAGCAAUUGGCUGAUAAGUUUAGUGGAUAUUUUGUUCCAUUUAUCAUCAUCAUUUCAACAGUGACAUUGCUAGUGUGGAUCACAAUUGGCUUUAUAAACUUUGAUGUUGUUCAGAAAUACUUUCCUCAUCAGAACAAACACCUCUCAAAAGCUGAAGUAAUACUGAGGUUUGCAUUUCAAACCUCAAUCACUGUGCUGUGCAUUGCAUGCCCCUGUUCCUUGGGCUUGGCUACUCCAACAGCUGUGAUGGUGGGCACAGGAGUUGCUGCCCAGAAUGGUAUUCUCAUCAAAGGAGGAAAACCUCUGGAAAUGGCCCACAAGAUAAAGACUGUGAUGUUUGAUAAAACCGGGACCAUCACCUGUGGCGUUCCUAAAGUCAUGAGGAUGCUCUUGCUAGGGGACACGGCUAAGCUGUCUCUAAAGAAGGUACUUGCAAUUGUCGGCACUGCAGAAGCCAGCAGUGAGCAUCCCUUAGGAAUGGCUGUCACUAAAUACUGUAAAGAGGAACUUGGCACAGAGAGCCUGGGAUACUGCACAGAUUUUCAGGCAGUCCCAGGCUGUGGAAUCAGCUGUAAAGUCCGCAGUGUGGAAGCUGUACUGGGCCAGAGUGAGCAGCGUGUGAACGAGCAGAAUGCUUCCCUGAGCAGUGUCAGCACGAUUUCGCUGGGACACAGUUCAUCGAUCAUGGUCUCUGAAUCCGAUGGUUGGCAUCAAAAAGGUCUUUGCUGAGGUUCUGCCCUCUCACAAAGUCGCGAAGGUUCAGGAACUCCAGAAUGAAGGGAAGAAGGUUGCCAUGGUUGGAGAUGGAGUCAACGAUUCCCCGGCAUUGGCUGGAGCGGACAUUGGCAUUGCUAUUGGAACAGGCACGGAUGUUGCCAUUGAAGCUGCAGACGUUGUUCUUAUUCGAAAUGACUUACUGGAUGUGGUGGCUAGUAUUCAUCUAUCAAAGAGGACAGUAAGAAGAAUACGAAUAAAUCUGGUCCUUGCUUUAAUUUAUAAUCUGCUUGGGAUACCUAUAGCGGCAGGGGUGUUCAUGCCUAUUGGAAUUGUGCUGCAGCCCUGGAUGGGGUCAGCUGCAAUGGCAGCUUCUUCAGUAUCUGUGGUGCUAUCUUCCCUGCAACUGAAAUGCUACAAGAAGCCAGGAACUGAAAGGUAUGAAGCAAAAGCUCAAGGCCACAUGAAGCCACUGACACCUUCCCAAAUCAGUGUUCACAUUGGGAUGGACGACAGGAGACGGGAUUCACCCAGGCCAACUGCCUGGGAUCAGAUUAGUCAAGUGUCUUUCUCUUCUCUGACUUCAAACAAGCUGCCCGGACAUGGAGGUUUUAGAGAGGAAGAAGGUGGCAAGUGGUCACUGCUCGCUAAUGACAGAGAUGAAGAACAGUACAUUUAAAUGCUGCAUCCCAUCGCCGUAGAUGAAGUCACUGAGAUUCUUCACCAUUGAAGUGAUGACCAAGAGCCCCCCAUAAGUAGAAAUGGAGCCCUGAUGUUCCAGUUUGCAAAGCAGCUCAGAAAUUCAGCAUUAGAUUGUGUAAAUUAUGAUUUGUCAGUUCACAAAUAAUUCCCAGGCAUUGAAAAAGCUUGAGGCCCUACAAUGAAUUAUGCCCUUUACUUCUUGCACAGUGUGAAGUUGGAGUCCACAAAGCCUAACAUGACCCCUACGUUGUGGAUCAAUUACUGAGAAUCAAAAUCACAGGCUGUCCAGUCUUAUUGACUCUCUUGUGCUUCUUUAUGGAACUUCUGUGAAAAGAUUUUAAAUUAAAUCUGCCAAAUUCAUUUUCUAGGUCAAAGUGAAAACCAAUACACCGGACAUCAAAUAGCUCUAUAUUUAAGGAUCAUAUUUUUACAUAGAAUCAAAUCUAGUCAUCUCAACAUGGGAAAAUUUUAUAUUUAGGGCUCAGACAACAUAUGCUUGCUUGAUUAGCACAAAAAUGUAUUAAUUGUAUAUUUUGCUGUGCAUAAAACUUGGUAAAAUUCUGUUUCAAAGAUGAUCUCGUAUCUUAUAGCAUCACUAAUUUUAUUUUAUGAAACGUCUCAAUUUGCCAAACUUGCUAGCUGGUUUUCCAGUUUUCUCCUGCGUGUUCUUCAGAGCCCUUUCUUCCCAGUAGAGUUCCACCUUUAGACAUUUGUUAUGUCUUCAGAUUUUCCUGUAUGGGAUGAGAUCCUGCAAGGCGCUGGAGACCCUGCAAUUCCUGUUGAAAUCCACAUUUGAGCUCCUUUUAGUAUUUUACUGGUUCAGGAUAGCUCACCAUUUUGUAGAAUCUUUUGACGCUCCUGAUAACUGCAGCAUUCAGCUGUUUCUUUCAUGUGCAGAGUGGCGUAAAUGUGCCAGUGUAAGCCGUCCUGGUGGCUCAGUUAUUGGUACAUUCAUGCUAAUACAUUGAUGAGAUUCUUUCCGACUUGGAGCGCUUGUUCUUGGUCCUGAUGGGAGCUAGAAUGUUAAAAGUGACAUACUCAGUCUCUGUGUUGGUGGAUUAGCUAACAGUGCUCUUCAAGGACUCUAUGGAAGUUGUGGGGACACCUCAAAAGCUAAGAUUCAACAGAGAGGUGGGGUUUGGGAGGCUUUUCUGUGCAAAUGGCAGGUGAGAAAGAAGUGGCAGGUUAAAGCCCAUCUAUAAUUCCACUCAAAAUCCCUCUUGAUAUCUUGUAUUAGAGCUGGGUGGUUAAAGGAAAGUCCAUGCCUGAAUACUCACCCUAACCCCUCUAAAAAUUACUGCAUUAUUACAGAUCACGUCAGGCUAAAAGGGACUCUUACUUUAUCUCUGAGUUUUAUCUUGGACGAUAAACACUACAGCCAAUGCUUAAAAAUUGCCACUAGGAGGCAACAAUAAUUAUACUGGUGUAACAGAGAACAGAGCGUGACCAAGUGUUCAUGGGAUUCCAGAGUGGUUGGAGGGGGUGGGGGGAAAGGGUUUGAGAUUACUGUACUGUUUAAAUAACACCAGAUAACACAGCUUGUUGGUCGUUUAAAAUAAAAGUGUAAACUGAUUAAAAAUGGAAAUAAUAGCGCAUGGCCACCAGGCUC